GGGCGGGCGGAGGCGGUGCCGCCGCGCGCAUGCGCGAGGGCGCGAGGCCGGGGUGCGGAGCCGCCGGUGCCCCGCGCCCGCCGGGCGCUGCCGCGGGAGGAUGAACUGGCUGUUCCCCCUCACCAAGGGCGGCGGCUCCGGCUCGCCCGCCGCGCCGCUGCCCGCCCGCACCAGCCUCCAGCAGCAGAAGCAGCGGCAGAUCGAGUCCCUGCGCGGCGCCCACGCCUCCAUUACAGAAAUUCAGAAAGAUGUGGAAUAUCGACUGCCGUUCACUGUAAACAACUUGACAAUUAAUAUUAACAUCUUGCUUCCACCUCAGUUUCCUCAGGAAAAACCGGUCAUCAGUGUUUUUCCACCUGUGAGACAUCAUUUAGUGGACAAGCAGGGAGUAUAUGUGACCAGUCCGUUAAUAAGUAAUUUUACAAUGCACUCAGAUCUUGGAAAAAUCAUUCAAAGUUUACUGGAUGAGUUUUGGAAGAAUCCUCCAGUUCUGGCUCCUAGCUCAACAUCGUUUCCAUACCUUUUCAACAAACCAGCUGGAAUGCCUCCUUAUGCUCCUCAGGGGUUUCCAUUUCUUCCUCCAUACCCACCUCAAGAAACUAAUAGAACAAUGGCAGCUGUGCCGGUUGCUGAAGCAGUUCCUUCGAGCUACACUGCAGACAAGCCUGCUGCUCCCUCUUAUGGCUUGAUUGCUGAUCUGCCACUGCCUGUUCCAACGGCAGAAGCCGUGCUUCAGGUUGGCCAGAAUGGAUGUACUUACAAGAUGCCUGAUGUUCCUGAUACCUUUCCAGAACUCUCAGAACUGAGUAUAUCACAGCUGACCAAUAUGAAUGAGCAGGAGGAAAUGUUACUGGAACAAUUUGUGACUCUACCACAACUGAAGCAAGUCAUUACUGAUAGAGCUGAGUUAGUGAAAAGCAUUGAGGAGCUGGCAAAAAAGAACUUGUUGCUGGAGCCUAGUCUUGAGGCAAAAAGACAGAUGGUCUUGGAUAAAUAUGAGCAACUCACACAGAUGAAAGCAGCCUUUGAAAAAAAGAUGCAAAGACAGCAUGAACUUAGUGAGAGUUGCAGUCCAAGUGCUCUGCAAGCAAGACUUAAAGUAGCUGCUCAUGAAGCUGAAGAGGAAUCUGACACUAUUGCAGAAGACUUCUUGGAAGGCAAAACAGAAAUAGAUGACUUUCUUAGUAGUUUCAUGGAAAAGAGAACGCUCUGCCACUGUAGACGAGCCAAAGAGGAAAAACUUCAACAGGCAAUAGCAAUGCACAGCCAAUUUCAUGCUCCGCUAUAGACUUCCUGCAAACUACACCUGCCAAGAGAAUGAGUGAAAAACCCAGUGAAGCACACUUUUUAAUGACUAUUAUUUGCAAAUAAGCAUUUCAUCUUAUGUGCUUGUAUUUAUAGAAGAAAUUGUGUACAGAGUUGGGAUGUUUUUUGUACAAAUUAGAAUGUCUCUUUAUAUUCUCAUUGUACUCAAGAAUCCUUCUAUUGCAAUCUUUGCACUAAUUUCCUGUAUUUAUUGUUGAUAGUUCUUACUAUAUUUAAGUUCCUGCUGCUAUACUCCAUUCUUCAGAGAUUAAAUAUCUAAACAUGUAAUUUUGACUAGCUUUUUACAUUUUUUUAUAAAAACAUAAUUCAUAUCUUUUGUAUUUUGAAGUUUACACAUAGAUUUGGCUUGAUCUAUGGAAGAGUUUGAGAUAAAUAAUGAUAGGGCUUUGGAAACUGAAGAAGUUCAUAAUCUGAGAUGGACAAUGAAUUCACGAGCUGUUGUUUCUUGAAGCCAAAAUGUUUAAGAACAAGAUUUUUUACUUUUAAGUAAUAAUACAAAACUAAGUAUAGCCUGUAUUGUGUUUUGAAGAAGUAGAUUUGCAUUAAGCAAAGGGUAUGUUGGAACAAAUUACAUGGGAAUCAGAAUAAAUGAUCUCUGCAUAGGUUUGGUAUGUUUCUUGGUAGCACUGAUGCACUUGAUUUCAGAUGUGGCUUGAUACCUACCACUGUAAUUAAAAACAAUUUUCAUGAAACAA